GGUAAAGAGUGUCCACUCACAUCAACAACUUGGUCUCAGUGCGGAAAUAUUUUUUCUAAUUGAUUCUUCGUCGAUAGGCUUAAAUGAGCUUGCGUGAAGAUUUUUUCAUGUUCAUUGUUCAGGGAAAAGUAAAAAGAUGGGUUCCAUUGAUGAAGAACGGUCACUCCUUGAAGUUGAAGAAUCUCUUUUACAGGAGGAAGUGAAUUUGUAUGCUGAAGAUGGAUCAAUAGACAUUAAUGGAAACCCACCUUUGAAGCAAAAGACAGGAAACUGGAAAGCUUGCCCAUUUAUUUUUGCCAACGAAUGCUGCGAACGGUUGGCUUAUUAUGGCAUUGCCAAGAAUCUAAUCACUUACUUCACAAACGAGUUACACGAGACUAAUGUUUCUGCGGCUAGACACGUCAUGACUUGGCAAGGAACAUGUUAUAUCACUCCUCUUAUUGGAGCUCUAAUAGCUGAUGCUUAUUGGGGAAGAUAUUGGACAAUUGCUUGUUUCUCCGCAAUUUAUUUUACCGGAAUGGUUGCACUGACACUCUCAGCUUCAGUUCCUGGUCUGAAGCCAGCGGAAUGUAUAGGUUCCAUCUGUCCACCAGCAACAAUGGCUCAGCAAGUGGUUUUGUUUUCCGGGCUUUACCUUAUCGCUCUUGGCACUGGAGGAAUCAAACCAUGUGUCUCAUCUUUUGGUGCUGAUCAGUUUGACCAAACCGAUCCAAGUGAACGAGUCAGAAAAGCUUCUUUCUUUAACUGGUUCUACUUCUCAAUCAACAUUGGUGCAUUUGUCUCAUCUACUUUGCUAGUGUGGGUUCAAGAGAAUUGUGGUUGGGAAUUGGGGUUUAUGAUACCAACUGUGUUCAUGGGACUUGCUACUUUAAGUUUCUUCUUUGGAACUCCUCUUUAUAGAUUUCAGAGACCAAGAGGCAGUCCCAUAACUAGAGCUUGCCAAGUUCUUGUAGCCUCAUACCGUAAAUCGAAUCUCAAGGUCCUUGAAGAAGACCAGAAAGUUCUGUUCGAAACAACGGAUAAGAACUCUUCAGUAGCUGCAAUGCGGAAGAUUCAGCACACGGACGGUUACAAGUGUCUUGACAAAGCAGCAAUCAUCUCAGAAGAUGACGCCAAAUCCGGAACUAUUCACGACCCGUGGAAGCUCUGUACAGUGACUCAAGUCGAAGAAGUCAAGAUUCUGUUACGUUUGUUCCCCAUUUGGGCUUCAGGCAUCGUCUUCUCAGUCCUCCAUUCACAGAUUUACACUCUUUUUGUUCAACAAGGACGGUCCAUGAAACGAACCAUUGUCUCAUUCGAAAUCCCUCCCGCUACUCUCGGUAUGUUCGACACAGCAAGUGUCCUCAUAUCCGUCCCAAUCUACGAUAGGCUCAUCGUUCCCUUUGUGAGAAGAUUCACAGGAUUACCAAAAGGAUUCACUGAUCUACAACGAAUGGGGAUUGGACUUCUCGUCUCUGUCUUGAGCUUGACCGUUGCAGCUAUCGUCGAGACAAUGCGGUUACGUUUAGCUCGAGAUCUUGAUCUGGUGGAAAGUGGAGACACUGUUCCAUUGACAAUCUUCUUGCAGAUUCCUCAGUACUUCCUUAUGGGCACUGCUGGUGUUUUCUUCUUCGUUGGUCGGAUUCAGUUUUUCUAUGAGCAGUCUCCGGAGUCGAUGAGAAGCUUGUGUAGUGCUUGGGCUCUUCUCACUACUACACUUGGAAACUACUUGAGCUCGGUGAUUAUUACGGUUGUGGCGUAUUUGAGUGGCAAAGAUGAUGGUGGUUGGAUUCCUUCAGACAACAUUAACAAAGGCCAUCUUGACUACUUCUUCUGGCUUUUGGUAUGUCUUGGAUGUGUUAACAUACCGGUUUUUGUCUUUUUCUCUGUGAAAUACACUCACAAGAAGGUUUGAUCUCUUCUUCUUCUUCUUCUGAUACCAAUGUCUUGGAGGUUUCUUGAUUGUUCUUUCAAAAAGAUUUUGUUUAAGUACCAAACAUUGUGGCCCUUUGUGUUAUAAAUUGAAAGUUCCAGGUCUUUGUGUUA